ACGCCUGCCCCUCAUGCUCGAGCCGACAAUCAAGAAUAAAUAUCCGAUACCGCGAAUCGAUGACCUGCUUGACCAGCUUCGGGGAGCUACGGUAUUUUCCAAACUGGAUCUGCGGUCCGGAUACUGGCAGAUACGGAUGGCGGACAACUCUAUCCACAAAACUGCUUUCCGAACUCGGUAUGGAUCGUACGAGUAUUUGGUAAUGCCGUUCGGACUCACCAACGCACCCGCAACGUUCCAAGCCGAAAUUAACCACAUUCUACGACCACUUUUGGACGAGUGCGUGGUGGUGUACCUGGACGACAUCCUCAUCUACUCACGCGACAUGAAGCAACACGGCGAACACCUGCGACGCGUCUUCGAGAUUCUUCGACGAGAACGGUUCUACGUCAAACUGUCCAAGAGCGAAUUCGCCCUUGAGAAGGUCCAGUUCCUAGGACACAUAGUGAGCGCUCAAGGAGUUCACGUCGACCCCAAGAAAAUUGAAGCCGUGCAUACGUGGAAGACACCCGAGAACGUGAAGGAGUUGCAGCAGUUCCUAGGCUUCGCUAAUUACUACAACAGGUUCAUCGAAGGGAUGAAUCCACUACUCAAGGGACUCUUCACACACGGGUACGCCAUCGACCCCGAAAUUCCCUUGGCAGAAAAACGAUAUCUGCUACAGAGGGACAAUGACAUCGCGUACCGGAAAGGAUCAACAAAAAUCUGGGUACCCAAUUACCCUCCUUUGCGCCAGUUACUACUCGAAGAAUACCACGACGUCCUAUACGCCGGACAUUUCGGUAGCAACAAGACGCUGACAGGUAUCGCAAAACACUACUACUGGCCCCACUUGGCAGAGGAUGUUCAGAAAUUCGUCACCUCGUGUGAUACAUGUCAGCGGAUGAAGAGCAGCAAGCAAAAAAAGGCGGGACUACUGCAGCCUCUUCCUGUCCCAGAACAGCCAUGGCAAGUGGUUAGCCUGGACUUCAUCACCGGGUUACCACCUACCACCAGUGGUCAUGACGCCAUCCUUGUCGUCAUCGACAAGUUCUCCAAAAUGGGACACUUCAUCCCGACACACACGACGGCGCGCACCGAGGAGACAGCACAACUCUUCGUUCGUUACAUCAUCUCACAGCAUGGCAUUCCAACCACACUCAUCUCCGACCGAAACCCCAAGUUCACCAGCAAGUUCUGGAAGGAACUUAUGUCUCUACUCGGGACCAAACUCGCCAUGUCAUCCGCAUACCAUCCGCAGAUAGACGGACAGACCGAGCGCCUCAACCAAAUUGAUGAGCAACUCCUCCGAGCAGCCUCCAAAGACGAGAUCUCCAAAUGGGACCUGCACCUGCCCGUUCUAGAAGUGGCGUGAUAGUGAUUUUCCACCACCCGA